CUUUUGUAUCUAUCACAGCUUAACGCAAUUCAUUGAUCGUCCACGAAGGAUUUUGAAGAGAGUUAAAGAGUUUUGACUAGUUAUGGACUCACCUACUGAAGACGUAGUUGAAAUAUUUGGGUCCCAAGUUGAUUCAAGUGACGAAGAAAUUAAGAGAACAACUAGGGCGAAAGGAGUAGAGAGAAGUAGAGAUGAGGAACAAGAAGAAACAUAUAGUUCGCCUAAGAACAAAAGACUUAAAAAGUCUCGAAAUACUAAGCUUGGUGAAGAAGAUGAACCGAACCGUUUCACUACAAGAGAAGACACACAAGAGACCAGGUUCCCAACUGACGAAAAAGGAAACAAGUACCGAAUCCCGCGUAAAAAGAAUUCUAAGAGGCGUCAUACUGCAACUGAAAAGAAGCAUAAAACUAGUUCUUUAGAAAUGAACUUGCGAAAUGACGAGUCGGAUGAGGAACAGUUUGUUGAAAGUGAUGACAACCAAGACGCACCUGCAGAAAGUUCAAAAGUAGAUGACUUGUUAUCUAACUUGAAGAAAUCAAAAAACAAAAAGGAAGAAAAGAAUAUAAAAGAUUUAACAGAAGAAGUGGAUAAUUUUCUGAGAAGAAUGAUGAAAGCUGCAGAUGAUGACUUGUUAGCUUUAAAAGCUGGUAAACCCGCUACCAAUAAAUUGAAGUUGGUGGAAGAGGUAGAAAAGAAUCUGAGGCGAGUUGAAUACCGUGAAUUGUUUUUAGAGCAAGGUUUACUUUCAGUAGUGAAACGUUGGUUAGAUCCUCUUCCUGAUGGAAGUCUACCGAAUGCUAGUUUGCGCUCUCGUCUAUUGAAAAUGUUAGAUGAGUUUCCUGUAGAUAAUUCAUGGAUGGAGCUUCUUAGAUCGAGUGACAUUGGACGUGCUGUAAAAUAUAUUUCAGUGAAUGAUCGAAUGGAAUCUACACGUCGUCUAGCCAAGGAUUUGGUUGAAAAGUGGAUUCGUCCAGUCUUCAACGCAAAGACGGACUAUCGCGAUUUUCAAACACAGUUUCGACGUGUUCCUGUGGAAGAAAUUGGAGAGUUGCAAAGUUCUGCGUCAUCCGCUCACAACGAAGACAAUAUAUCCAAGCGAUUAAAGAUUCCAACAUAUCGUGCGGCUAUUCCACAACCAGUAUCAUUUAAUUUCCAAGCAAUGCCUGAUAGCUCACAUAUUGCAGAGGCACUCGAAGAACGUAAAGGUAUAGUUCAACCGGCAGCUCUUCGUAAGAUAGAACGACGAUCUUCAUCUCGUUCUCAAUAUCGAAGCAAGCCUUCUCGGGUUGAGGAUUAUGCAAGUAUUUCAUAAGAUUUGAGAAUACAACCGGAAUAAAGCUGUGGCAUUAAUAAGCCAUUGCAGUGUAGACAGCUAUCCAAACAAAGAGAAAUAACGCAAAUGAACUCCAAGCAGCUUCU